AUGGCCGAGAAAUCCACCGCCAACGCUCUCGAGACCUGCGAGGGCAACAAUCUCGUCCGCGACACCGCCCGGUUCGAUUUCACCACGCUCUUGUCGCUGAGCACCGCACCGCGAGCCUUCCGCUUCUGGUUAAUCGCCUUCAUCUGCGCUCUCCUCGCCACCCUCAUCACCUUCUACUCCAUCUUCACCCACCUGCGCCGCUGGGUCAGGCCAAGCGAGCAGAAACAUGUCGUCCGCAUCCUCCUCCUCGUGCCUAUCUACGCUUGCAUCAGCUGGGCGGGAUUCUACUGGUACCGCGAUGUCGUGUACUUUGAUGUCAUUGAGCAUGUGUAUGAGGCCGUCGUGAUCUACUCGUUCUUGUCGUUGAUCCUUGUCUACCUCGGCGAGAACAUCAAUGCCCAGCGGCUCCUGCUAAAGGACAAGGCCCAAAUGAAAUAUCCGUUCCCGUUCCGGUUCUGGACGUACGACCCUACCUCAGCGUCGUUUCUGCUUGAUAUCAAGGUCAUGAUCUUGCAGUAUGUCGUCGUCCGCCCGCUCUUGGCUGUCGUCGCUGUUGUGCUGCAGAGCCACCACAAGUUCUGUAUGGAGAGCAUGGCGCCUACGUACGGCCACUUUUCCUUCGUCGUCAUCAACUUCAUCUCAGUAACCUUUGCUCUGUUUGGGUUGUUGACGCUGUACAUGACUGUGCGUCACGAUGUUGCUCAUCGCAAGGUCACAGCAAAGUUUCUCGCAAUCAAAGCUGUCAUCUUUCUCACCUUCCUCCAACAAACCGUUCUCUCCCUGCUAGCACACAAGGACGUGAUCCCCGCCCUUGUCUACUGGACACCCUUCAACAUCGCAAGCGGAAGCAACGCCUUCCUCGUCUGCGUCGAAAUGGCCCUCGCAAGUAUUGUCCAUUUCAAGGUCUUCUCUGUCAAGGAGUACGACAACGAGAAUCUUGGCCUCACCGUGGCUGGGGUCCCGGAUGCGGAGAGGGCGACCUGGCCGGAGACGCAGCAUCGCAUUGGAGCAUUUACGGCUCUUGGGCAGGCGCUCAACCCUAUGGAUAUCCUCAGGGAUGUAUGGAGCGCGAUGAAGUAUAUGGGGUUGUGGAUGAAGCAUGGGCUGAAGCCGGAGCAUUGGGAGAAGUGA